AUGGAAUCCCGUCCCGGUGCAGGAGGGCAGCAAUUUAAUAUUAAAAUUUCUUGCCAAAUUGAAAUUAUUGUGGAGUGGGCCUACGGGGCCAAAAACAGCAACCAGGGUAUUAGGGUCGGGUAUAGGAACAAUGCUAAUAAUACAGAUGCAAUUGAAGGAGCAGGGAAGGUAAUAGUGAAUAAUGGGUUGGAGCGGCCGAAACAGCCAUAUUCGCAGCAGAAGGAAAAUGAUUGCGGGAAACAGCAGGAUUUAGGUGAAGGGAUAAAUAUUGACGUGGACAUUAAUCAAAAUAAUCAGGAUUCGUUCGAGUACGAGGGCUGGCGUGCCCAGCCCCUCGGUAACAGCGGCGCCACGGCCGCCAUAAAAUAG